UAGUGUCAUGUGUCAUUAGUAUAAAUAGUCGAACAAAAUGUUCUAUCGGUAUCAAGUUAGGUAGUGCUUAUUCAGUAAAUCUUUCGGUAAAAUGGUGUCAAAAAUAAACCUCCUCAGGGUCGUUGGUCUGUGCAUGGUCAACAUUAUGAUGAUUAAAUCAGAUGAAUACAAGCUCCCGCUGACAGUUGGUGGAUUGGGAUAUUACACUGUCGAAUUUGGAGGGAUCAGUUUCACUAUGGGAAGUAACUACAACGUUUCAAUUCAGGAUAAGCGCUGUUCAUACUGGUUUGUAUUCGGCAGUACCCUUACUGACGAAGAAAUGACAACGAAAACUGGAAGGCGUCCCGGUUCAGUGUAUUGUAAAGGUUGGCAAAUUCCAAUCGAUUGGAAUGAAAAACCAUAAUAGAUUUGCAGCACAGCCAGCCUUCACACUCAUUGUAAUGCUGAAAAAUAGUUUCAUCUGUGCUUUUCCAAAUUCUUAGCUCAGUUGUUAAUGAAAUGAACACGCUUCAUUUUGUGAAUACUGAGUAUUUUUCUUCCUUUUUCCCUAGAUUAGAUCUUCUCUAAUAAAUU